CCGUCGUAAGUUUAGUUGAUCUUGAAUUUGCGGUUCGUACGGUCGGUUGCGCAGAAGACCCACAUAUAACUACUAUGUGCACAGGUAAUACUCGCACACUGAAAGACCGUUAUAUGUCUGAAAGGAAACGCGUAUGAAUUUUUAGAAAUCGUGUAGUGCUGAUUUCAAAUUUAGAAUUGGAAGUGAAGGACACUCCGCUGUGACAACAACCACAGCAGUGCAAAUACAACGACAUUAAGUGUGAAUUGUUUGUGAAUAUAAAAAGUGAUUAAAAUAGUGUACUAUAUAACUGUACACCAGUUGAUGAGUUUUCAUAAUCUGGUCACAUACACAGUGAAAAGUAUGCCUGGGUCAAGGCGACUAGUGAACAUAGUAUAUCCACUGGCAUUAUGCAUCCUUGUAAGUGCUGCCACCGCAGCAGAUAUAAAUCCCUGGCAAACCGAAGAAACUGCACCGAACGAUCGUUUGGACUGGUCGGCUGAAAACUACCGUGAUGUUGAGCUUAUGGAAACAGCACUGAGUCCUUAUUGGAAGGACGAGACUGCAGUGAUGACACCUAGCGAGCGACAGUUAUUCCUCGCUGGCCUUAUUAAAGUUGAGAGCGCACAGUGCAGAGACGACUUGAACAGUACGCUUUGGGGUAUUCUGAGCGGCCAACGAUGGGCCAUAGCAAUAUAUGAUGCAAUGGCGAAAUCUGCGAUCGGCAUCAAUAGUGGCGUUUUGCACCAGUUCGGACAUUUCGAUGAAUGUUUAGACCAACAACAAUUCCAUACGAAUCCGAACGAAGACGACCGACCUGAGCUUAUUGUGCGUUCCCAAUACUGUCUGGUAGACAUACAAAUGGAUGGAUUCACAAUGCAUACUGCGGCUAGCCGGCAAAAAGAGGCCCUCAACCGUAAUGGCGAUGCAGUUGUUGCGGCCGUUUGGGGCGCAUGCCUGCCCGCGUCUUGCCGAUCCAGCGACAUCGCGAUAUUUACGCAAAUCUACCUGCAACGCCCCGUGAUAAGUGCCAACGAGUCGGCUUGCCAGCUGAGCGGCCUUGGAGCAGCCACCGAGCUGUAUGUCGAUGGCGGAAUGUUUGCCUAUGCUCUUGUGCUAUUUAUAUUUAUUUUGCUGGCCACGCUGAGCACUGCCUACCAUGUCUACCUGAUUUACGCGUGUAGAAGCGCCGACGAUGUGUCCAAGCGCGCCUUGCAACAACAAACAUUGACAAUCGCUUUGCUCUCGUUUUCCGUCAUAGAGAACACAAAGAAACUGUUUCAGGCUAGCAAAGAUCAGAUGGGCCUCAAUUCGAUUAACGGUAUCAAAGCCAUUGCAAUGCUGAUGAUAUUGGCGGGACAUGCGCUGUCUUUCAUUUACGGCAGCCCCACAUACAAUGAGGCGUUUGUGGCGGAGCAAACGAAAUACCCUACUUUUGCAUUCCUCUACAACUCGCUGCUGUUUGUGGACACAUUUAUGCUGCUGAGCGGUUUCCUCUUCUGCCGCAUACUGCUGAUCGAGCUCGAGCGUCGACGCGGUCGCAUAAAUCCGUUGAUUUUGUACGCUGGCCGCUACAUUCGGCUGACACCGGCCUACAUGGCCAUAAUUGGCUUCUACAUGACCUGGUUCCCGAGUAUUGGUAGUGGACCUCUAUGGCGCGAACGCAUCGUACGCGAGCAGAAGCGCUGUCAGGCAUCGUGGUGGCUCAACAUCCUCUAUGUGAAUAAUUAUUUCCAAACGGAUAAGUUCUGCAUGUUCCAGUCGUGGUACUUGUCCGUGGAUACGCAAUUAUUCUUCAUCGCGCCGAUCUUCAUCUAUUUGCUGUACAAGAUGCGUCAGUGCGGCAAACACCUGCUGAUAGCCGCAGUCGUAUGCACAAGUCUCAUACCAUUCGUGGUGACAUUUCUGCGACAAUUGGAUCCCACUUUACUGGUCUAUGCGGACGAAUUGGUUGACUUAGCAAGCAAUAAUUAUUACAUUGGGUAUUACAUAAAAACUCACAUGCGAGCCUCGGCCUACUUUGUCGGUUUGCUGACUGGUUACUUAGUUCACGUCAUGCAGGCGAAGGGCAAGAAGCUACACAAUGUGCUGGUACGAGUCGCGUGGUUAAUUUCUACUUUUAUCGGCAUCGCGACGAUGUUCUCCAUAUGUCGUUUCUACCGAAGUCCAUAUACACACAUUGAGAGUCUCCUCUACGCAGCUUUGCAUAAACUGGGCUGGAAUUUGUCAGUGGCUUGGUUGGUAAUGGCCGCCACAACGGGUCAUGCCGGUUGGUUGCAAAACUUCUUGAGUAGCCGCAUUUUUGCGCCCAUCAGCCGGCUCACAUACUGCGCUUAUCUGUCGAACGGCAUAGUGGAGUUGUAUCAUUCAUCUACCAUCCGUUACGGCAGAUAUCAGUCUUAUGUGAAUUUGGAGAACGAUAUGAUUAGUCACACGGUGGACACAUUCAUUUUGGCUUUUGUGCUUUGCCUGCUCUUUGAAUCGCCCAUACACGCUCUGGAACGGAUAUUGCUGCGUAAGGUGGGUCGCCCUGAGAAACGUGCGCCAUCGGCGGAGAACCAAAGUCCCAGCACCUCGGAGGAGCAGGUGGCGUAGUUUAAUACUCAAAAUACCAAAAUCAAUGAUUUUAUUUUAAAAUUGUUCUUAAUUAGCGUAUGUAAUUUGUAAUUAGAUGCCUGUAUAUACAUAGUAUGUACUAUAAGUUUUUUUAUGAUGACACAUACCCUUUUUAUAUAUAGCUUAUAUACAUAUAUAGCUUUUAUAAAAACAUGUAUUGGGUAGUCGAAAAAGUCUUUUCGUUUUUUUUUCAAUAGAUGUCGUUGAAGUCGUAUUCCUCCAGUGUUAGUGUUGGAAAGGUGAGAGAGGAAAAAAAUUAAAUUCGGGGUAGUUGAAAAGGAAUUCGCUACAUUUUGAAAUUUUUGUAUAAAAAAGGGAAGAAUGCCACGCAAGCCCCCAACGAAAUUUGUGAAGUUUACGGAGACGAUGCUGUAGUUCGUGUAGCACAACAAUGGUUGGCUCGCUUUCGUUCUGGAAAUUUCAAUGUGACAGAUGCACCUAGCUCUGGUCGACUAAUCGUUGAACAAGUCGGUGAAAUUAUGAAAAAGAUUGACCAGGACCGUCACAUAAGCGCCGGCCAUGACAUCGCUAAAGAACUUAAUAUUCAUCAUCAAAACGGUUUUGAACAGGAUUGACGCUUCGAAAGGUUAUGGUGAGUGUUUGGUGGAAUUGGAAAGGAAUCAUCCACUAUAAGCUGCCCCAGCCUGGUCGAACGAUUCUAUAUUUUAGAGAUUGUAGCAUGCAAUCGAAAAAAAAGGCCAGAACUGAUCAACAAAAGGGCUUCGUCUUCCAUCAGGACAACGCUAAACCACACGCAUCUUUGAUAAUUCGGCAAAAACUGGGAGAGUUUGGCUGGGAAGUUUUGAUGCAUCCAUCAUAUAUCUCUGACCUUGCAGCAUCGGACUACCAUUUGUUUCGGUCAAUGCAGAACUCCCUUAAUGGAGUAAAGUUGGCUUCAAGAGAAGCCUUUUUCGCCGAGAAACCAGAACAGUUUUACAUUGAUGGAAUAAUGUCUCUAGCGGAAAAAUGGCAAAAAGUAGUCGACCAAAAUGAUACAUAUUUGGUUCAUUAAAGUUCAUUAUAAAUACAUAUAUAGAAAAGCUGAAGUUUGAUUAGAAAUACGAAAAGACUUUUUCGAAUACCCUUUAUAAAUAUAAGGGAGUAAGAAAGUAUAGUGCAAUUUUGAUACUUGUACUCAUACAUAAAUAUAUUAUUAAUGAAACUUGCCGCAAUACAUCACAUUGCAAUACCUCCGUUUGUCAUCACGAAGUUCAGCAGGGAUGAAUGGUGUAUAAUAUUCAGCAGAAAUAUGAUUUUUUUGUAACGUAACGUUAAGUUUACAUAGAGGAAAAGCUUCUCUGUAGAAUAGGUUUUGAUAAAUGAAAAUUUGUAUUUAAAUAUAUGUGACUAAUGUGCACACAAUUAUAAGUAAAUAUAUAUAGUAUAAAUAAAUAGAUGUAUAACAAUUAAA